AGCGCAGUAUCGCAGUGUGUACCAUGGCAGCAGUGUGGAGGGCGUGGAGGGUGUGCGACUGUCUUCUGCUCUCCGUGCCAGGAGAGGAGACGGUCUGUCUUGCCAGGAGGCGGAUGAGAGACAAAUGCUGCAAUCGUCCGAUGUGAGCCAGCUGCCUACCUGCCUUCUCUGCGACAGGCAAGUGCCUGCUCCAGAGAUCAAGCCUGACACAUGACGCCUUGCGAGCAGCACAUGGGUCUCCGUUGCGUGCCGCCAAGGAUUGCUGGCACCGGAAGGCAGAUUUCAUCGCGGCUGUACUACCUACCUAGGUAUUCCGCACGUUGGCAUUCUGCUGGUUCGGACGCCUCGAGUCGGAGGACGUCUGGGCUCGGCAGACAGAUGCCCAUGGGGAAGCGGGCAUAGCAUGUCCUGAGUAAGAGAUUGAUGGGCAGUACGGACGAAGAGGGUGAGAAAAGAGAGAGAGAGAAAGAGAAAGAGAGAGCGAGGUGGGCCUGGCGCUCUGUAAUGAAUUAGACGGCGAGGAGAUGGGCAUAGUUGAGCGAGGACCACGGUGAUACAACCUACUGAUGAGGACACUGCAAAGCACAGGGCAUCUUCAGGUCGAACAAGCUCUGGGGAUUCCCACGAGCUCGGAUGCUGGACUGACAGACUGACUGACAGAUGACAGGUCAUGAAUGCCAAGAGGUGGCCUGAACUACCUAGGCACGGUAGAGCCUCCGGACACUCUCCCCACGCAGUGCCAGAAGACAACCCCUGUGGUAGUUUCCUGGCAACCGGGUGAAGCUUUCCGGCUGCUCCUUCUGGUUUGAGUUGGAUGGGUACGGGGAGAUCGUCAACCUCGCUACUUCCUUCCCUCCGGCCACUCCACGCAGGGUCAGUACCCACCUACCUGCCCAGCUGCCCACUUAGCUCAGUCGGGGGAUGUCGCGUGUAUGGGCCCCGUCGGAGUUGCAGGUGCAAGGUGCAAAGGUGCAUAUUCAGAUGCAGGUGCAGAUCCAGGCAUGUUUCGACACAACCAUCUUGCCAUCCUGCCAUCUUGCCCAUCCUCGGCAUCGAAACGAAACUGUCAUCAAGAUCGAUCGAUAUUCAGACGCCGGAGGAUCCCGUCGCCUUAGCUACGCCCACACGCCCUCGCUCGCUUCCUUGGAUUUGCUCGCUUUGCUCGCUUCGCUUCCAGCUGUAGAUCCCGACUUCUCUUUGCGAAUCCCCGAGCAGGUGUGGCUCCUGAGAGUCUCCUGUUUCCACCCACAAGGUUGCCAGACCCAUGUGCCAAACCUGACUGCAGACGGUGGCAUCAUCCAUCCAGUCUAUUCUUGUCGUCUCUCGUUUUCCCCGGGCUUGGCGCUUUGCACGUGUCUGGGCUUGGUAUUCCACCUUGGGACAACAAGGAGGAUAUGGAACCGUCCGGCAUCUCCUCUCAUCAUCCACAUCGUCAGACUCGCCGUAGCGAAUACCGCGACAGCCGUCGAAGUCAUCGUGUGGCGCAUACCAGGCAGACUCGUGGCUCAGACAACAAUGAGUCUCUUAUACUGUGGCCCACCAGGGCUCAGGAGUAUGCUCAUGAUGGAGACAAGCACGGCUUAGUGAAUAGUUGGCUAGAGGAUAUCGAGACACCGCAGCUGCAACCUAUUCACAAUAAUGAAAUUCCGUCCGAAGAUCCCAGUUUUAGGACACGCUCUCGGCAUGAGACCACCCCUUGGCUGCGGAAUCCGUCCCCGAGUAAACUGCUGUCUGACAAUCACCACAACGGGCAGGUUUUCAAGGCGUCCCCGCGACAAAGAUUACGAGAGCGCAAGCGGCCUCGAGAUCUAGUCGAAGGCAGCUCUAUCCGUGACCUCCGUGACGAGCAAUCCCCUGCCCCAGAGCAGCCUCCUUCUCGAGCUGCGCUGGUUGCGACAGAGCCGCACCGUGCCAGGAGCAAGGAGAGGUCACAAGCGGACUCUCAAGGAAGUGUAGUCUCUGUCAUAUCGGGAGCAGAGGCUCGGUUCACCAAAAAGGCCCGGCAUAAGACCAGGAGCGAUCGUUAUGAAGCCAUGAAGGAUCGCAAGCCACGAAAGCCUUCGAAAAAGAAGAGCAAGAACUCCGAAGAGCAAGGCAAAACAAAUAAGACUAAGAGGGGAGGUGACUUCUCUUCUGCCAGAGAAAUGCAGCCUACCGUGAGACCAGGCUUGUUCGAUAAUGGCCGGACAUCGAAAGACCAGUUACCCGACCUCACGUUCCAUGAGAUGCAUUUCCUGAAAAGACCUGCUCCACAAAGGCCUAUACACCGUGACCGCGAAAGGGCGAAGAAACGGGGCGAGAGGGAACUUGAGGAAGUAUCAGCUUUCUUCCUGCAUAAAGGCACGGCAGAAGCGCCUGGUGCGCCUGGUCGAAAUCACCCUCGUGUAAGCGGUUCAUCCAGCCUGGAUAGAGCAACACGUGGAAGCUCUGCCCUUAGCACUGAUGCGCCACCACAACAGUCCAGGGCAGGUGAACAUUAUGGCCAUUGUUCACCUGGACUCGACAAAGAAAGCAGCAGAGCAACAUAUUGGACUUGGUCAAGCAGCGAUUCAGCCCCUCGACGAAGAGUUGCCCAGGGGACUGCUUCCAGGGAGCACGUACCUGCACAGAAUUCCACACCAUCGUCAUCAAGCAACGAACUCCAGCACAAGAAAACAUUUGAUAACGAGGGUGUUGGCUAUGUCGAACGCCCAAGGCAAGACCCCAGCGCCAAAUCUCGCCCCAAAGAUAUUUCGGUCACCAGAGAUUCCCUGGCUAUGGUGUCGUCGGAUGUUUGUAAUCUUCAACCAGACAUCUCGAGGCAGAAUAUUCGGAUUGUUCGAUACCAUGAUCGAGGAGUAAUGGCCAGUGACGGGGAUGAAAUCGUAGCUGGAUGUCGCCAGAAAGGCGGAGCCCGAUUGGAUGCCGUCGAGCAACUCCGGGUCAAGACACCAGCCGGGAGUCCAUCUCCCCUGAGCGUGGCCAAGUGUGGUCGGUUUGGACCCGAGGACGAACGAGUCAAUCUCACUCAUGGAGAGGGAAGAUCAUACGAAUCCACGGCAGUUCAUGCAGAAAGCCAUAGUCCUGGGCCUGCUCGCCCCAGAUCCCCGAAGUGUACGAUGAUUGAGCGGUUGGAGGCGGCAGUUGCAAAUGUUGAGUCGCAGGAAUUACUCACUUAUCUGCCCAUGGUGUUGGCACCUUUGCCGGUCCACCAAAACGAGCAAGCAGCUUCUGCUCGGUACAAUAACAGCGUUCCAGGUGCCCACAGCUCCUCUCAAGAUGUAUGCUUCGAAUCUCAACCGUGUUUCUUCGGCGACAGGCACAGGGGUCAUUCUGAGGCAGUCUAUCAGGAUAAGAGCUUCUGUACACCUGAAGGCGAGUUACGAGACAGCCAGAGAGCUCACGAGGUUGACUUGGUGCCGCAAAUAUCUUCGAAGGAGACGGGUGUCGAUUUCCGCUGGAUUGACGACCUUAAUCAGUCAGCUCGUGUCGCAGGGAGUGCCCAUCGCGGACCGUCUGGGGCUGAAUCAAUGGCUUGCUACUCGUUGGAUCAUCCUUACAGCGUUCAGACAAUUUCUCCCAGCAGGGAGCCAUGGCCACGGACUGCGAUGAAAGAUUCGGCUGAUGCUAGUCAUGGUCAGGACCCAAGCGAUCAAUUGUUUGGCAGAACUCAGAAUGUGUUGCCGCAAGCCACCGAAAUAUUUCCGCGGAGAUCUGGUAAACAACGCAGAUUGAAAGAGUACAUUGAUCAGAUGGAGAAUGAAGUCCUUUGCCGCCCACAAGACGCCGCUGACGAUUCUUCGACAUCCGCUUGGCACAGCAUGGGAGACGAACAUGGCAUCUAUGGGGAAUUCGCCCGUCAGGAACAUCAACUGAACGCCGAUGCGUAUGACCAAGAUCUGUCUGGGGACGGCCACUUGGAGACUGCCACGAUAUCUCUGGCUGGAACAAAUUCAAAUGCUGGUUGCAUUCAUGACCGCGGCUGCCUGGUCCUCCUCGUGGUGUCUCGUACGGCCAUGCUCACCUCCAGGUUGUAGGCUCGCAGGGCCUUCCGAUUGCUUUUGGAAAAAGAAGGACCCACAGGCCCCACAUACGAGCUCUCGGCCGGUAUGAUUCGAAAUUGUAUCGUGCAUGCAAACUGUCCCUUGGCUUUUUCGGGUACCUGUCGCACAGAAACCUUUCAAGUCCGGGGUGGUAGUUCACAACGGCUUUUCCAGCAAGAAAGUGAGAGCACGAAGCCCACCGGAACCCGGCUAUGUUUAGACAACACGAGCCUGCGAUUGCGUCAGAGAAGAGUGUUGAAGGCAAAAGAAAGUUGGUGCACAAGACAAUCUCCGCGAGCUAAGGAAAUGAAUUGAAGGCAGAUCCUAAUCCAAAGCGGCGGCACUUUGGGGCGUAGGCAAACAAGCCUUCUCAGGCCGAUGAAGGCAGGACUCCGUACAGCCCGACGAACUCUACAUUCCCGGGGAAGAAAUCUUCUCCGAGGACGGCGUGAUGCGUUCAGCCCGUUCCGCAUUAUUGGGAUAUUUGACUCGGUCGGCGCUGUGGGCUGGCGGCGCUGUGGGCUGGCAGCGCUGUUCUCCGGCCACCAUACAGAUUUCAGUUUCUCAUUUUAUGACUCCUUGGCGAAGAAUCUGGGGUCUGACUAGUGCAGGCCAUGAGGCGCAGGAUCUAAAACACCUCCGUCCGGUCUGUCUAA